AUGGACACCCUUAGCAACUUGACCGGCCUCGCUCACUUCGAAGAGGAAACGGGCCUCCUGAUACAAAUCCUCUGGUUCCGUCGCCAACAGGAGCGCCGCCAGCAGCUCCUUCUAGAAGCGACCGAGGAGUUGGAUGAGUACGAACUGGCCGAGAAGAAAGACCGCGAGAGGCGUCGCCGUCGCCAGCUACGCCGCAAGCUACGCUAUUUGAAAUUACUGGAGGAGGCGGAGCUGGAAUCGGAGCGUGAGGCUGCGGAGUGGGACCUGGAAGCGGAGCGCGAGGAAGCGGAGCGUGAGGAGGCAGAGCGUGAGGAGGCAGAGCGCAAGGUGGCAGAGUGGAAGGAAAAAGUGCUCAAGAAGUACCGUCGCCGCGAGCUGCGCAGCGAUCUGCGCCAUUUGGAUACAUUGGAAGACUUGCUGGAGACAGUAUCAGCAGCAGGGGAUGCAGAGUUGGAUGAAGACGAGCGCGAAGCUCGCCGCAUCGCCCGCAUCGAGGCACGGAGGGCCCGGAAGAACAAGCUGUUGCUGUGUCGACGAGGCGCCACCGCCGCAACCGCUACAGAUCCUGCGGAAUCUGCCUCUCUACAGCAAGGCCAUCGAGAACAGAGCCAGGCAGAACGAAAACCGCGAAAGUCACGCGCAAGUCACGCGGCAGCGCGGACGGGUCGCGCUGGCGAUGGUGUGGUGACGUGGGCAAGGGCGCGACGCAUGGGAGCUGCAGCGGUGACGUCACGGCGUCGCGAAUAA